AUGGUGUCUUCAAUGAAUAAAUCCAUCAACGAUGUAUUAAAUGAAGAUGAAGACACUUAUCAACUUCUCGAAAAGCUUGAUAAUAUUCUUAAACGAUCUGAAAACAUAUUGGUUCAAAAAAACCAUGAAAUAUGGGUUUCUGAUGAAAAAGCCGAAGAAGGUUCGAAAAUUGUCAAAAAAGAAAUCAUCUAUGUUUCUGGUCUCUAUGAAAUUUUUGAUGAAAUUCUCGUCAAUGCUGUCGACAAUAAACAACGUGAUUCAACCAUGACAUCCAUUGAAGAUGAUAUCAAUCGAGAAAAAGGUGAAAUAAAAAUGUGUAAUGAUGGUCGUGGUAUACCUAUUCGUAAAUGGACUGAAGAUGAAUCAAUCCAUAUUCCAACAUCAACUUUUGGUAAACUUCUCACAUCAUAUAAUUUCAAUGAUAAUCAAAAACGAAUAUCCGACUUGAACAACAAUAUGCGUGAUCCACAAGAUCCAAUUAUAAAUAAAACAAGUGAUAAUCCAAACAAAUUUAUUCGUAUUACAUUUACCCCGGAUUUAAAAAUGGAUAAGUUCGAUGAUGAUCUUGUUUCAUUAUUUAAACGGCAUGCUUAUGACGUAGCUGUAUCAACUGGUUGUAAAAUUGAUGCAACAAUAUUAAAUGAAUUUGCAACAGAUACUCAUAGUUGUAGCUAUGCAUUAUUCAAUCAUUUUGUACAUUGUUUUAAUAAUCAACAUAAAAUGAUUAAAGAGUUUCCAUUAUCUGAUGUUAUAUUUUGUUCAAUAGAAGCAUUUAAUCAACAGAUUAGUCGUAUAGAUACAUUAAUGUUUAGAUAUUUACCUGCACUAUCAGGCAAAUUUGAUUCAAUGUUAAAUGAUGUUUUACGUAAUCAUGUUUUUGAAGCGAAAACAAAAUCAAAUCAUGCAUGUACAUUAAAGAAACAAAAAUAUAUUGAAUUAGUGACUGCUCUUUGUAGUACAAAUAAAACGAGUUGA